CUAUCCCAACGCUCUCUUCCGCAGAAUACUAAAAGCUCGGUAUACAUCAACGUCGUCGGGCUUUUGACUUCGGCGCUGGCUGCCAAAUUGCCGACCACCGACUCCCAUCGGCCCUUGCAUUUCAGGUGACUUCUCACGGCUUGAAUGGAACACGCGGCUGUCCCAAAAUAAUAAACUAAGCAUCAAUUUAAUCCGACAGAAAUUGCACUUCCCUGCGCUAGCCCCGAAUGCCGGAAGUUGCUCUCUGAUUAAUAUCUCUCUUGUGUUUUUAAGCUUUAUCUAGUACUGCCCACCAACAGUAGCCUUGAUAAAGGCAAUUGUGAAAUAUACAAGUACGCCUGUUUCACGGGUAUUUCUUCAACCUCUUCUCGUUAUAACAUCUUCCAUCGCAAGGGGACGCCUGUGCUGGCAUCGACAUCUGUAUACGUCCAACUGCUGUUGUCCAAGACGAGCUUUCCACCAGUCUCCAGUUCCAGCCACGAAGUGGGCGAUACACGGUCUGUCCCGAAUUAGCCAUCACCGGUCAACGGCUUCCAGCGAGCGCGCUCAGACUUGUGCACGCCUGCCUUUCCUGUAUUCCUUUGGUGUCGCCCUUCACUGCCGAAUAUACACCAAAACGCACGCUUAGAACAGUCAUACUUCUACAUUAUGCACUUUGACGAACCUAUAUCACCACGCUCGCAACCUUCCAAUCUCCCUGGAUUCCUCCCUGGAUUCGAAUCUCGCAGAGCCUUCAGCUUGCCUUCCAUCACCAUGCCUUUCAACAACUACGGUAAUAACAACGCUCCUCUCCUCCCGCUGACCCGUCACUCCUUCUCUGGUCAUUCCUCACGGCGCUCAGCUGCGCGAAGACUAUCAUACGGCAUCAAGAACCGGGCAUCUCAAUAUCCCUAUUCCGUCACUAUUGGUGGUAUCCUCACCCUCGCCCUCUUCUUCUUUGUCUACACUAGUCCUGGCUCCGAUCUUGGUCGGUACAAUUCUGCCGCUUCAAGAUUACACAUUAGGACCCCCAAUGAAGAUAUAUUACCCCUACCCACAUCAGAACGCGUGAUACACCGUCCAGAUUCAAAAAUGGACAACGGCGUCAUGCUUUUAACAGUAGACGAAAACGAGUUAAUAGCAGAAGACGACUUGUUCUGGGAUACUUAUACCGAAGCCGAACCUCUCUCAGCAGAGGAAGCUGCUGCCGAAGCUGAACUUCAAGCACACAAGCAAAAUGUUCAAGCACAGAAUGUAGCUCAGUCACUAAGGGCGUUGGUCUGGUGGUUGGCUGAAGGUGGAGUUUUGCCGAAUGAUUUCGAGGUGCCGAGCAAGUCGCAUUUGAAGAAGAUUGGGUCAUCGGGCUUUGAAAAGUUGUUAUCAUCGAUUGACGCUGGGGAAGAGGAUGAAAUCAUAUUUGAAGACGGGUGGGCAGACUUUGCGAAUAAAAGGUAUAGAAUCGUCGUUUUCUCCAAGACAUACUGCCCGUACUCUAAGAAUGCCAAAUCCAUUCUUGGCAAGUACCAUCUUUCUCCCGCACCAUUCAUCAUCGAACUUAACCAACGAUCCGAUAUGGAAGCCCUCCAAGGGCUCUUACAACGUUUCACCAACCGCCGAACCGUCCCCAACGUCCUCCUCGACUUUAUCUCUAUUGGCGGUUCCGACGAUAUCACGCUCUUGCAUUCCGAAGGCGGAUUGCAUCGCAAAUUCGAAGAGAUGGGUGCUUUCCCCGGGUUGGUCAGGCGAGCAACAAGCUUGCUGCCUGACUCUGAGGAGAAUAGGAGGGAUGAGUUCGAAGAUCAUGAGGAUCGAUCAUGAAGUGCACGCAAAAAACAACGCACUCAAAAGAGGCCAGCCAGGAAUCAAGAAUCAUUAGGUCCAAAACACUAUUUGGUCGGAUCGUCAUAACGUUGUCAUUAUAGAUUGGUAUUUAUCCCGGGGUGUAGAGUGAGCAUGUGGCGUACGGUUUAGUGGAUCCUGUAUACUGUGCGUGCGAGGUACAAACAUACGAUAAUCUUUAGUUUAGUUCCUCUUUCCAUGUUUCAUUAAGUCUUCACAAUUCGGAGCACAACCCACCAUAUGCAGCAUUAUUACAAGUG